GCUCGUCACAGUUUCCCUCCUCUCCGAUGGCGGGUCCAAUCAGACCCACAUUCCAGUCUUCUUCUUCUAAUGCCUUUGUUUUCCGUCUCCUCUUUCUUCUCACUCUCCUCCCCUUGACUCUCGCGGCUUUCGCAUUCGUCCUCCAAUGGCGUGGCGGAUUUUCGAGCGACCCCAUUAACAGAUGGUCUCCCGAAACCCAUCAGUUCCCCGGCAUGAUGACAACCGUCGCCGAGGAGGCUGAUGCCGGCAGUGGCUCCGCCAAGGCUGUCGUCAGAAGUUCGGAUUCCGGGUGCUCUCUUCUGGGUCCCUCCCAUUCUGCUUCGUUUCCUUACUACCGGAAUUGGAAGUUCGACUAUGGGUCGGAUCUGAAUCCCAAGAUAUCUAUAACAACGAGCACUUCUGCUGGCUUGGAGCAGACUUUGCCAUGGAUAUUCUAUCAUAAGGUGCUUGGAGUUUCCACUUUUUUCCUUUUCGUAGAGGGAAAGGCUGCCUCCCCUAGCGUAUCCAAGGUUCUGGAAACAAUUCAGGGUGUGAAAGUCAUAUACAGAACUAGAGAACUCGAGGAGCAACAAGCUAAUAGUCGCGUUUGGAACGAAACUUGGUUGUCAAGCUUCUUCUACAAACCUUGCAAUCAUGAGUUAUUUGUGAAGCAAUCACUCAAUAUGGAAAUGGCCAUCGUCAUGGCAAGGGACGAAGGAAUGGAUUGGAUAAUCCACCUUGACACAGAUGAGCUCAUUCAUCCUGCUGGUGCUCUUGAGUAUUCAUUGAGACGGCUGCUGUCCGAUUUACCUCAAGAUGUUAAUAUGGUUGUCUUUCCAAAUUAUGAGAGUAGUAUCGAGAGGGAUGAUAUCAAGGAACCUUUCAGUGAGGUCUCAUUAUUUAAGAAAAAUUAUGAUCAUCUUCCUAGAGAGGUAUACUUCGGAAAUUACAGGGAAGCCACCCGUGGCAAUCCAAACUACUUUCUGACAUAUGGAAACGGCAAGUCUGCUGCUCGUGUACAAGAUCAUCUUCGUCCCAACGGGGCACAUCGAUGGCAUAAUUAUAGGACGACUCCCAAUGAAGUCAAAUUUGAAGAGGCUGCUGUUCUGCAUUAUACAUAUACAAAAUUUUCUGAUCUGACCUCAAGGAGGGAUCGCUGUGGGUGCAAACCCACUAAAGAGGAUGUCAAGAGGUGUUUCAUGUUGGACUUCGACAGAGCUGCCUUCAUUAUUGCUUCAACUGCCACAGACGAAGAAAUGCUCCGCUGGUACCGGGAACAUGUUGUGUGGACAGACAAAAAUUUGAUCCUCAAGCUCCAGAAAAAGGGCAUCCUAACUCGCAUUAACUCUCCCAUGGUAAUUAUUCAAGCACUAAGGGAAGCUGGAGUAUUUAGCUCAGUAAUAUCAGAAGCAGCAGCAAAGAGAAACAUCCCGAUAGGGGACUUCUCAUCGUCAGUGAAUACUACUACUACUAACCCUAGUAGUCCAGACAUUCCCACCGGCUUGAUGUAUUCUAGAAAGAUUGGCCAGGAUAAGAAGAAGGCAGAAUCCGAUCCAGUAGGUGGAAGAAGGUUGUUGGACACGUCUUCUCACCCGCCAGCAGUGCCUCCACUUCCUCCACCUGGUUUACAAGACAAUAUUGAAAUAGUCUCAACAUGAACUGCUACAAAUGAAGUAUGUCCUUCUAUACCUCUUCUUUUUCCACCAUUUCCACUGGCAUUAGAUUUUAUCAAAGCACAGUUAUGGUGGGUGUUCCUUUAGUCAUUCCUGUACAUUUAGGUCUAGUAAAUUUUGUCUUCCAUUUUGGUUUAUCCACUACAUGAGCUCUUCACAGCUCUCUAUAGAUACAUCAUACAUAGCCGAGGAGAGAAGAUUCUGAUACAAACAGACCUCACUUUACUUUCCUUUGUUUUCUUGGCCAUGUGGUUAGGACCAUCAUAGCCUAGUUUUUCACUUUGGGAAUUGUUUCCCCCAUUGUUAUCAGUGGUUACUACAAACUACAGAGUAAUAUGAUAUGACAUUGGUAUGAGAUCAUUACUGUGAAAAUGGCUUCUUUCGUUGAUAUUUUUGGUGAGUGAUGACUUGUUCCUCAUUUUCAUUGCUGUCAAUUUUCUGCCGGCUUAUUUACUUUAAAGAAACUACAGAGUGAGUAAUAUGAUAUAUGACAUUGGUAUGAGAUCAUUACUGUGAAAAUGUAUUCUCUCGUUGAUAUGUUUGGUGGGUGAUGACUUGUUCCUCAUUUUCAUUGCUGUCAGUUUUCUGCUGUCUUAUUUACUUUAAAUUUCUUCUCACUUUCUGUCUACGUAGAUACAGUGACAUGCAGUUGAAAUGGUACCAUCUUCUUGUGAAUACCCACUUUCUUUAAUAAAUUGGGGAUUUGCAAGUCAAUGGGAUGGAGAACGACCCAAACUCCUUUUACCACAUCAGGUUACACCUGCCUGCUUUGAGGUGGGGACAAUGGAGAGUUUGAUUAUGGUUACCAUAUUUUGAUAUAGGAAUAGAGGGAGGGCCAAUGGGAUUCUAGGGUUAGAUUGCUCCCCUCACAUUAAAGAUUCCAACUUUCUUGAAAGCCAUUGAUGGGGUGUUUGGCUUCUGGGCCGCUAACAUUACAGGUGUGGAAAGAAAGUAGGCAGGCAGGAAAAAAGCACUAAAUAUGGGUGUGGGGAUGUGAUUUGAAAUUAGGCGAAUCCUGAGGAUUUGCUUCGAAGAGAUGAGGAAUAAUGGGUGGUGAUGGUGGUGGGAGACAAAUUGCUUCAUAGUAGGGGCAAGCAACAUCAAAUAAUAGUAUGCAAGCAUGGAGCUUGCGUUGGUACUUAGUACACCAAUACCACCCCUCUUCAAUGUGUGCUCUUUGGUUGGCCUACAACUUUUAGCAUUCAUUAAUACUUAAAAAAGUGUUUAAUUGAUUUCUUUUCUCGUAUUUUUUUUAGAAGAGUGAUAUAAGUUUGGUUGUAGUUAGGGGCUAUUUGAUAUAAUUCGAAUCUGAGACCUCCAUGUUUAACAUCACUAAUAUGACCGCUAGACCAGCUUCAUUGUUUGUUCCGUUGAUGUCUGCCUAAAGAAGGUGAAAGGCAAAGGCUCGUGUCGUUAUCGAACCAUUUUCAUUAUCCUUCAUUCCCUUGAUGCCUAGCUAAAGGAGUCCAUGCCUUUCGGCCUUCUUCAUGCACUGUCAUAUGAUCUGUUCUCUACACGUUAGAUGUAACAUUCUUAUCUAUCAUCGAACGCAUACCUAAACUACUCGCUAACCUGACUUUUGUUAAAACCAUAUAUCCUAAUUGUGCGAAACAUCUAUCUGUAAGGGAGAGAGUUUCCUUCUCCAGGUAACUAGCGUUUCUGAAUCAUGUAACCCUUUCUACUUUGAUUUGUAGAAUUUUUUUAUACGAAAGAAUUGGUCGUGUCCUAACGUUGAACACAUCAUGUCAACUUGCUCUCGCUCUCGACAUCGAGCCAAAGUACACGACCGCCAAACUUUAAUCUAUCAUGAAAUCAAUAUGAAUAUCGAGU